UCAUAUGGUGAGCUCCUUCACUCGCGGCAUCGCCACCGCGCCACCGCCCAACGAGUCCUCUGUCAUCACCACUAUCGAUCUCAGCGAGGCCCAGGCAAAGUUCGGGGCCCGGCAGCAACCUUCGCCGAGUGGGACAACCAAGACCGGCGGAUUCCCGGUAAGUUUGAUUGCACCUGGAACCUGCUUUUGCGGUCAUUCGCUAGCAAGAAUCUGGCGGACUCUGGGAGCCAAGAAAAGAAAUAUUGGGAAAUUUAUUCCAGUGAGAGCCAUAUAA